AUGAAUUCUUUAAAUAAUGAGUUUAAAUGCGUGUUAAUGUUUUACAAUGAGUUAGAUUAUCACCUUUCACUAAAUCUAGCUCUUAAACUCCUAGAAAAAUUAGAUUCUCACAUUGUUGAGUGUGAUAUCUAUGACAAAUUGAAUAUUAUCAUCUCUAGGAUAUUAUUUCUUCAGGGAAAAUAUAAAGAAUCAAUAAAUUAUGUUAAUAAUUGCAGUGAAAGUGAACAAUCAUUGUUGCUGCGAGCUAAAAUUUCCAGCAGUUACAAUUGUUACUUGUGCAAAAAUACCUAUUACAGAUUAUUAUUCUACAAUGAUAAAUACCUACCACAAUUCAUUAAUUAUUGUCUGGAUGAAGUGGAUUUAGGAUUGCUAUACAUUUUAUCAGUUUACGAACCAAUUCCUGCAAAUAAGAUCACUAGCAAAUUGACUGAUUUUGUUAAUUGUUGGGACAACACAAUCAACCUUCCGUUUUACAAAGACAUACUGCACAAUUACACGCAUUUGCAUCGACUUGUUGACAUAGAAUCAUACCAGGCGGUUAAUUUUGAUUUCCAAUAUGUCAACGAUCUGAAUUCAAUAAUUUCUGAUCAUUAUGGGACUAAGACUCAUAAAUUGAGUUUUAGCACUGAGAAUCCUAUUAAUGUUAUUAAGGAAUUCACUGACUUUAUUGUUAAACAAGGUUUGGAUGUCAAUGUUGAAUUUAAGCUCAAAACAAAAUUUUCAGUUGAUCUUAAUAGUAGACCCCUUGAAGAAUCUAAAUCAAAUAGGGGAUCAAGGGAAUCAUUUAGAAGGCAGAAGACCAUUGAAUCUACGCAUUGGCAUACUUCCAUGCCUUUAAAAUUGUUUAAUUCUCUGAGUAAACUUGUUUCACAUGGUGAUAAUCCUAAGGAUACAUUUGAUUCCUUAUAUCAUAAAGAAGAUGAGGCGGCUUUACAAAACGAUUAUAAUGUGGUUACAUUGAAUAGCAUUGUUUUUAAAAUAUUUAAAAAGUCUGAUUUAGCAGGUUUCAUUGCAUUCAAGUUGUUCAUCAAUUUAUUGUUCCGUUAUAAUUAUAAUGGCUUAUUAUGUACCAACAAUGAGGUUGAGUUAAUUAUCGCAUUAAUUUCACUUUAUAAAUUGUUGAACCAAUGGAUUAAUACUACUGUUUCAUUAUUCUCACACCCUUUACUGAACUGUAUUUACAUGGAAAAUUCACAUGUCCCAUCUUUCGUUGAAUUGCUGUGGAAUAAGUUUCACAAAAUUGACAUUUUUAAGUUUAUGAUGAUAAUUAUCAAGGCAUUAUCACUUCAAAAAAUUGGUUAUCCCCUUCCCAUGUCUGAGAUUUUAUUAGUUUGCAGUUUUAUUGUCAAAAAUACUUUGCCUAUGCGCUCACUCAUUGCUACUGAAUUGAAUUCAUUUGUCAUUAUUGUACACAAAUGGAGUGAAUUAUUGCAAAAGCGAUUAAUUUAUAAUGGAUUUUAUUACUUUAAAACUCCACUAACGAUAAAUAAUGAUUACUACUUCAUCGAUAACUCUAGAUUACUCGACUAUUUCAUGCGUACACACAUUCCCGUUCUCUGUUUGGAUAAAAUAUCUCCUUCGUUUAUGGACAAAAUAUCCAAAUUAUAUGGUUCUAGACGUAGCUAUAAUGGAAUUAAAUGCAAAUAUUACAUCAAAUUACUGCGCUGUUUAUCACAUCAAUUUAAAUUAUGUUCAAUGGAAAAAUUUAUAAAUGAUGACAUUCAUCAGUUACUAUCUGUCGCUAAUUCCAUAUUAGAUAAAUCAGUACAUUACUUAAUUGUUAACAAGUUUAUACCAAAAUAUGGAUCUGAUUUGCUGGUAUCAUGUCUGGAUAUAUUUAAUAAUUUAGCUAUAUUAUUGGUUGAAAACCAACUUAGGACGCAUGAUUCAUUUAACAAUCUUAAUUGGAUGAAUAAUAAGGAACAUUAUUCUGUUGAUGUGAGAAUGGGUGGAAUUUCUGUAAUUGUUAUAUCUAAUUUAAUAUUCAAAUUGUUUAUUUUGGUUGAGCAAUUCAAUUUUAACCAUGCUGUAACGAAUGUUAUUGAUCAAUUACAAAAAAUGAUAUUACUAUCGGCAUUAUUAAUACACUAUGAAUUGUUCAAUCUGCUGUACAUCAAGCGUCAUCAUAUAUCGCCUAAACUCGAUUUUGAACAGUCACACAUGGUCACGACUCUACUAUCAAUGUUGAUAAUCUCAGCUCUUAUAAAAUCAGGAUUCCUUGUCGAUAAUCUUAUUAAUAUUUUAGGAGUACUAUUACAAGUAGAUCAUGUAUACCGGGAAUUGCUUGAUGAUAGUGUUGAAAUGAAGUAUUUUUCGGAUAACUUACAAUCUUUGUCGUUCAAAUGGGGGUUUUAUGACACAACUCCAAAUCUAUUUAGUUAUCCCACAUCACACAGGGUUAUCCACUUACCAACGUACAUUAUCAGUGUAUGUACUUCUUUAUUUAAUACUCGUUUGAUUACCAGCUAUUGUGCUGAAUUACAAUUGUCUGAAACGAGCCCUUACACAAGUAGUACUAACAUUUGCAAAAGACUUGAUGAGGCUAAGGAAAUAGAAUUGGACAAUUGGAUAUCGAUUUCAUUUGCCCAAACGUAUGCAGUAAACAUUUAUAUUGGCAUUCCUUCCCCUUUUGACAAGGUAAGGGAAAAGAUCAAGAGAUAUGACAAAUCUGCCAACAUUUCUUUCUUCAAAAUGGAUAUUCGUUCCUGUGUAAUGGCUGUUCACAUCCACAGGUAUUUAAAUGGAAUGGAAAUGAUUGGAACUGAUCUGUUAUCAUUGAAUUCUUGUGAUUAUAUUGCAUCACAUGACGACUCAACUCUUGAGAAUCGCGAUUUAAUUGUUUCACUUUGUGAAACAAUAGACUCUUCUGUUAUUACGCAUGGACCUGACAAUGUUAUGUUUUAUAAAUCGUUACGGAUACCUUAUUUGAAUUUGCUCUUGGGUACUAAGCUUGAUGACCCUAUUUAUCCAUUUGAAAAGUUACUUUUCAAUGUAAAUUCUAUGAAUAUUACUGAGUUGUUGGCGUUGAGUUACAAAGCUCUUACUGCAUUGCCUAUGAGUCAUGAUGCCAUUUUUGCCAAUAUCAUAUUGAGGAUUAAGAAAUGUUCACUCUCUGUGCAUAGCUUCAAUGAGAAUACGUGUGAUGGUGAGGUGGAUAUUGACCAGAAAUUCAAUAUUGGCACUUUACAUACUGAUGAUAAUGAGACAUUUAGCAAUUUAUUUAAAUUGCUCCAACAAGAGAUCUGUAAAUAUUCAUCAAACAAUCGCAUUAUUGGUUAUAGAGAACUGUCUAAUGAUCAAGAUAUGAUUCUGGGAAGGGAAUUCACAAUUCACAGACUUGAAAAAUGCUAUAUAUUGUACAUUGCACUGGGAAUAAUACAUAAAAUAUUUUUAGGCGACCAAAUUAACAUUUGCCUAUUGUACGCACUCAAUAUUUUGACUUUAGUUUCUGCCAAUGGCAAUGUGCCAGUGAAAGGACAUUCCAUUUCUAACCCUAACUUUGUAACAUCAAUACUCAGUUCAAUUGGCAGAAUAAAAUGGAAUAUUGAUAAAAUCCUUGAAAAUUACGAUACUUUAACUGCAAUUUCAACAUUGUUACUUGUGGGUAAACUUUUUUGUCGAGUAUACGAUUACUUGCAUCUUGAAUCAAUGAUAAAAAUUGCAAUGUCAUUAUACAUUAAGGGAUUAGAAAUUGCAGCAAAUGUUACAUUUAUGACAAAUAAUGCUGUAACAAGGGGUAAACGAGAUGAAAAUUAUUUUAAUGAUUUAUUAACUUUGUUAGAAUGUAAAACUGGAGAUAUAUAUCACAUACUCCAAUAUUGCUAUUCUAAAUGUUUGAAGUUGAUGUUUAAGCAUCCAUUUUUAGCCAUUAGUAAUGUUGAAGAUAUUGUUAGAGUUAUAAUUGAUAACAAUGCAAAAUAUUGCAACAUGGCAAAUUACGUCGCAAUACAUGCUAUCAAAUACAAUAACAAUAUUGUCAGCUCAUUACAAGUUAGCAAUCUGUUACAAUCGAUUUCAGCAAAUUACAAUAUUGUCAUUGAUUUUGACGUAUUUGGUUAUGGAUUAAUCAAAAAUUCCACCAACAGUGAUACACAACAUUUGAUUAAUUCACUGAAAGUGCUAUCUUCGCUACUUGUAAAUUACAUUAAUUCGGCUUUGGAAUCAGUCGAAACUAAAUUUAUCAAGCAUGUAAAUGAAUUUUCCACUUUAAUUUGUGAUUAUAUCAAUAAGAUGCCAGAUGAAUCACAUAUAUUCAAUACCACAAUAAAGGGCAGCUUGGCCAGUUUAGGCAAGGGUAGAUGGAUUGUAACAGGCUACCAUUGUAUUAGCAAUUUGUGUAAUAUAAAUCUGACUAUAGAAUCUAUUACAACGAUUUUAAGUAAAAUUGCAAAGAAGCACUAUAACUCACAUUAUGAUAUAGAUAAACUAGUACCAAUCAACGAUCAGAUGACAGAUAGCUUGGAAUUAUUAAUUAAUAAAUGCCCGGAUACAUUGUCACUACCACUUACAUAUAACCAUUUUUUAUCUAAAUCAGAUUGCGAGAAUCUGAUAGAAUUGAUAAACACUGAAAAUGAAGAUAAAAGCAUGUUUUCAAGAUAUACUGUUGACACAGCCACUAUUGACAUUAAGUUAAUCAAAAAUUUGAAGUUAUUACUCGCAGUAAUUACAAAAAUUGACAUAAUAAAUAAAUCAAAAGCCUAUGAACGAUUGUGUAAUGCAUUUAUUAAUGGUUGCCAAAAAAUACUCUACUGCCAGCCACCAAUAGAUACAACACAGGAAUCCAAUUCAGUGUUAUACAAAUUUGUUAGAAUUGAAAUUAGAGAUGGUGUGACAGUGUUUGCCAGUGACAGAUGGGCAAAGCAGCAACGAUUAAAUUCCUUUAGGCAGGCCACAUCGGCCCUCUCAUCCGCCACAACUCCUCCCCACACUGUAUAA